AGAGAUACAAACUACUAUAAAAAUGUAUGUCGGAUAACGUUUACAAACAAGGAUUUUCGAAUAUUUAAGAUAUUUGGCGACGUUUUACUUAUCUCAAAUAUCUGUCAUGGAUAAUUAAAGUUAUUUAAAUCAAUUUGACAUCAAAAUUAUUUCGAUACCUGUAAAAUAUCGGCGUUCGUGUUCAUUUGAAGAUCGCUCGUGCAAGAAUCGAAUUUGCCUCAUAGUGGCCAAGGCAAGAUAAUUCACAGCUCGCUUUCCAAGUUUAGAGGCAGUUAUGAUCUAGAAUAUGUUUCAAUGCUUAAAAUUGUGUUCAUAUCAUAAUGAAACGUGACCAGGUGCAAUACAGAAAAAACUGGAUUGCUGCUAAUAAAGCUUUAAGAUGCAGUGAUGCAAUUCCUAAUGAUGAUGGCUGUAGUAAUCUGUUCAAUAAUGUUUUCGAUAAUGACCGUGGACUUUCACAACCUUUACAAAAAUCAACUAGAACCAUUGCCAGUCCUAAACAAAGUUCUUUCUAUUUGAAAGUUGGUCUUGAUGAUUGUGAUAUUGGGGAAAAUGUCCGUGCUGUUUCUGGUGAAGUUGAUAUUUUAGAUGUUUCUUUUUGCCAUGGAAAAGCAGAUUCUUUGGUAAAUGUGAAUGCAGACAUUGGGGAGAUGCAUUGUUCUGUUUCUUCUGAUUUUGAAGAUGAUAGUUUAAAAGUUUCUUUUCAAGAUGGGUUAAUUGAUUGGGUGAAUGAGUACUCAAUUAAGCAAAAUGCUGUUGAUGUUUUGCUUGAUCUUAAUAAGGAUAAUGGUCAUCCAAAUUUGCCUAGUUGUGCUUGCACUUUGUUGCAUACAUCAUGAUGUAUUCCCAUUCAGAAAAAUUCUGGCAUGGAUUACGUGUACUUUUCUUUUGCUGAACAAUUGUUAAAGCACUUUCACAA